UCCUCCCUCCUGUAGAUCCACCAGUGGGCAGCCAGGAGACGGAUGCAAGCUCUCCUUCCUCCUGCUCUGUUGCAUCCAUCCAUCCUCUCCUCCAUCCAUCCUCUUCUCCAUCCAUCCUCCCAUCCAUUCCCAAGGGCGUCACAGGGUUGCAUACAUGCAUGUGUAUGCGUGAGUCCUCCGUGCGUUUACAGCCUCUAUGUGCGUAUAUCUGGUCUGCCUGCCUGUGGAUCCGCUGACAUGAGGAGCUGAAACAGAACCGACAGGAGGAUGAAAAUGCUCCGGUUUCGCAGCCCAAGCAUCCGCUCCUUGGACCAGGAGGUCCUCUGCACGAUCCGGUUACUGGACGACUCCGAGAUCUCCUGCAGCAUCCAGAGAGACACCAAAGGCCAGUUCCUGUUGGACCAUGUGUCUAACCACUACAACCUACUGGAGAAAGACUACUUUGGUAUUCGAUAUGUGGACCCCGAGAAACAGAGGCACUGGCUGGAGCCCAAUAAGCCCGUGGUGAGGCAGAUGAAGUCAGCUCUGCAGCCGUACACGAUGUGUUUCCGCGUCAAGUUUUAUCCCCACGAGCCGAUGAAAAUCAAGGAGGAGCUCACCAGGUACCUCCUGUACCUCCAGUUGAAGAGAGACAUCUACCACGGUCGUCUCCUCUGUCCUUUUGCUGAAGCUGCAUAUCUGGGAGCCUGCAUCAUACAGGCUGAGCUCGGGGACUACGACCCAGAGGAGCAUCCGUCUGACUACAUCAGAGAUUUCAAGCUGUUCCCUAAACAGUCCCUCAAACUGGAGAGGAAGAUUAUUGAAAUACACAAGAACGAGCUCAGGGGCCAGUCAGCCUCGUUUGCAGAGUUGAACAUGCUCCAAAGGGCUCACAGCCUCGAGACGUAUGGAGUUGACCCUCACCCAUGCAAGGAUUUCACAGGCUCCACAGCAUUCCUCGGGUUCACAGCCACAGGUUUUGUGGUCUUCCAGGGAAACAAGAGGAUCCACCUCCUCAAAUGGGCUGAUGUCAGCAAGCUGAAGUUCGAAGGGAAAACCUUUUACGUCAUCGGGAUCCAGAAAGAGAUCUCCUUAACAGGCAGGAUUCACUGUAACAGGAUGUCAUCACUGAAGAAACUGGUGUUGACAUUUCACACCUCGACCCCUGCUGCGUGUAAGCACCUAUGGAAGUGCGGGGUGGAGAACCAAGCCUUUUACAAGUGUGCAAAGUCGAGUCAGAUAAAGACAGUUUCCAGCAGCAACAUCUUCUUCAAAGGCAGCAGGUUCAGAUACAGUGGACGAGUAGCCAAGGAGGUGAUAGAAGCCAGCUCAAAGAUUCAGAGAGAGCCACCAGACGUGCGCAGAGCCCAGUUUGGUCAGAGUCGAAGUUUCAGCUCUCUGAGCCAUAAAAACCUCAUCAUGAACAUGGAACCGCUGGUACCUGCACUGCCCUCCCCCAACGAGUACGAAGAGACGGCCACAGACAAUGGUGUUGUUGCUGUGAAAGACUCUGUCCCCUUGUCUCCUCUCAAACCUUCAGCUUCACCUGCAGACGCAGAGCAACAAAGUAAUGAAGGAGGAAACUCUGCUUUAGGCAGCGACCUUCAGCCUCCUCGUGUUUCCAUGGAAACCUCAAAUCUCCGACCUCAGACGCCCAAAGCUGAAGAUGAAGUGGAGGAAGACGACGAGGCCAGCGGCCCACUCACUAUUUCUGAGCUUGUCUACAGCCCUUGUGCCAGCAUGCUUCCCACCCCAGUGGAGGACAGUCAGGGCGGCGUCGACUUGCUCUUCUCCUCUCCGGUCCAGAGCCCCGCCCGGAUGCUGAGGGAGCUCCAUGCCGACCCCGACAUCCAGGCGCAGCUGGAGGCUGAGAGGGAGCGAGACCGGGCCUACGAACGAACCAGAUUGGCUACGAGAAGUCGAAUGGGUGGCGUCCUGACCAGCAGCCUGCGCCUGCUCUCAUCCAAUGAGAGAGUCAACGCAUGUGUGCUGAGUGUGGCCCGCUUUGUUGCCGUGGUAAUGGGCGUCCUGCUUGUCACUGUGCCCACACUGCUGCUACUACUGGAGUCAGACAUCGACGUGUCGUUCCUCCACGAGAUCCGCCAGACGCCGGAGUUUGAGCAGUUUCACUAUGAGUAUUACUGCCCGCUCCGGCGCUGGAUCCUGUGUAGGAUCAGCAUGGCCAUGGAGAACCUCUGGUCAGACUGAGGAGGAGAAGGAGAGAGUGAGGAGUCACUGCAGGGGGAAACAAAAAGGCCCAAAUGUCUGUCUUAACAUGUCAUUUAAUCUUAUAUUCAACAACUGGUGAGACAAAAGAACCAGUCUGCCAAUGUGAUGAAAUGAUUUCACUUGUUUAUCUUAUGAGCAGGUGCAAUGGAUCUUUUUUGAGGGCUCAGUAGUAGAUGUUUUGUUAGAAAGAGGCCUGACUUGGAUUUACUGUCAGACCUCUUUGUACAACAUAAUUUCUGAUUGAAUUACACUGAACAAGUAGAUUUGUUUCAUCUCUUUGGCAGCAUAAAGUAGUGUCUUGAAGAAAAGAGCGAUAAGAGAGAAAGAUUUUAAUCAUAGGAUCCAAUCACUUGUUAAGACACGUUUGGCAGUGAUGAACUGAAAAGAAAGAAGACAAGAAAUACUGUAAGUGUUUGAGGAAAAACCUGUGGAAGGGAGAGAUUCAUAAAAAUAUAAAAAAAAAGGGAAGCCAUGGACAGAGAGAAAGUCAAAAAGAUUCAGAAAUAAGUAGUUGGUUUUGUUUUAAUAGAAGUUUUAAAGGUCUGUCCACUCCUGAUGCUGACUAGCUGAUGCAAUGACUCUUUGGUAAAUAUCGCAAACCACUCUGAUUGGUUCUCGCCCUCAGAGUGGAGCACCUGAUUGGUCACAGAGCCCGUCAGUCAUGACGGAGUGGGUGGGGACAGAAAGAGAAAUGAUGGAUUUGUCACUGAACGCAACAAUAGCCACUGUCAGAGGUACAUUAUAUAUAUUUAAAAACAAAAGAGAAAUAUUGAUAAUUAAUACCAAUCUUAAAUAAGUUGUUUUUAACGUUUUGUACAUUUUUAUGUGAUCCAGAUCUUUCAGGAAUUUUUCAGUCAGAGGAUCUACUUUGAGCUUAUUUUGAAAUUAAGAGUUUACAAAAGAUUACAAAAAAAA